AUGUCUGAUGCAGCAGAUGACACAGUUUCUGAGCCAUACAGCUCUCCUCAUAAGAAGGCUCCUUGGCAUGGGUGGGAUAAAGGCUCACCUACUAUAGACCCUACAAACAGUGAGCCCUGGCCUGACCCUCCUCAACUACCAGACUGGGAUACCGUUAUUGUGCCCAAUGAAGCACUAACUGAUGGAUAUUAUCCAUCCACUGCACAAUUUGCUCAUAUCAUGCAGAAGCUCAUGCUUCUUGGCCCAGAGGAUGAUGAUGAUGCAGAAAUGCUACAAGCAUAUGAAGAGAUAUAUGGUACAAUGAGCCUGGCUGUAGAUCUGCAUGGCUUUCAGCUCAUCAAUGAGGUUUGGAGGCGCAUUUUAGUGGAAUAUUUUCGGAUGACAAAGGAAGAUGAGAUGGGGGAGCUAUUUAAGAACAUGAAGGGGAGACAUGCUAGGGAAGGAAAAUGGUUAGAUCUUAGCCAAUGA